AUCACUUGGUGAUUGGAAUCAGAGCCAUGCGGAUAAGUCUGACCUUCUGGGCGUUGCUUUGCGCACUUUUCUGGGCAACCGAGGUAAAUGGAGCCAAAAAAAGAAAAAAGGAUAAUAUACGUGCGAGUCGUAUAGAUAAGGUAGGCGGCUUAGAAAUCCUUCAAGAGAAGUGCCUAUUUAUACCCAGUUACGGAACGUGCAAGAAGUUCAUCAAGGUCUUUGGCUACGACUAUAUGUCCAACCGAUGCACCGAGUUCAUGUACAGUGGUUGCGGGGGAAAUCCCAAUCGGUUUCCAAGUGAAAUCACAUGUCGAAAUGUAUGUUUUGUGAAUACCAAGUCGGAAUUCGAGGAAGCUCCAGAUUACUAUUCCGAAUACGAUGACAAAUAAAACCAAAAACUGUAAGAAGUAUCUAAUAAGCUAAAUUUAAAACUGAAUAAAAAUGAGCUUACAUACUUUACAAUAUUUACCUUUAAAAAUAAAAACAAUAAAGAUUUUUAUAUCUUUCUUAUAAAAAGGUA